UCCGUCACGUGACAAAGCUACGACGACCCGCCAUACAAACACGCAGAUUUCCUGCGUUUGUGUGUAUACGCUCUCGCGCGUCGGUCGGCGCCAGGCGUGCGUUUCGAGGACACCGAGGAAUUGUGAGCCGCGUCUCUCGCUGACGGGAAGGCGUCGUCUUACGUCGGGAGGCGCCUAUACAACGCUACACAAGAAACCACGAUGACAGCUCGCAUCGUGGAUGGCGUCCUGCAAUCGCCGUUUGCACUCGACGACUUAGAGGGCAUCUCUGUGCCCCAGCUGAUACGAGACUGCCUUCAGCGGUAUGCGGACAAGGUGAUCGCUAUUGACGUCGACGCGCAUCUGACAGGGGCUGAGCUCCUCCACCGCAUACGGCGCUGUGCGGCUGGAUUUUCCCGGGAGGGUGUGAAGAAAGGCACGAAAGUGUGUUGCCAGUUGGGAAACUCCCUCGACAACAUCGUGGCCGCCAUGGGCGUCGUAUUCGCCGGCGGUACGCUAGUCAUGGCCAAGGCUGCCUUCGUCGAAAGGGAACUGCGAUACGAAAUAGAAGACAGUAAUUGUGAGUGUAUUCUUACGGACGAGGCAAAUUCAUCUAAAGCCUCUCAAGUCAUGGAGAAGAUUUCGUUAAAGGCGUUUGCUGUCGGAGAUCUUCCCGGCUUUGUAAAUGUCCUUCGGUUUCAAACUGCCGGUGACGAAUCGUGGCGAAGCGAGGACGAGCCCGUUAACACAACCGAAGAUAUCGUCGUCAUACUCUACACGUCCGGAAGCACGGGUCUUCCCAAAGGCGUUGAAGUCUCGCACCGAGCUUACGUUUCCACGUUUACUUCAUUCAGGAGGUGUGGCUUCGUUACGGAAGACGACGUUUACCUUGCCUGGAAUCCACUCACCCACGUGUCUGGCUUCACGCUGAACAUCUUCGCUCCGUGUUAUGGGGCUACUACGAUCCUGCGCGAGCCUUCCUUGUCACUAGACAGAUUUGUGGACGUCGUUCGAACGUACGGGGUCACAGUGCUGGUGGGUGUGCCUGUGAAGAUGCAGAUGUUCAUCAACGAGGCAAAGAGCUCGGGGCGAAAGUUGCCUCAUGUAGAGAAGUUUGUGUUCGCCGGCAGCGUUAUGUCCAGCAGCUUGGCGCGCGAUAUCUGCGACAUGAUGACGCCGUCGACGUUGGCCAACCUCUAUGGUAUGACCGAGACGUUCGGUCUGGUCAGCGUCAGCAUGGCGGGCGAAAUAACCGUCGAACACAUGGGAAUCCCCUGCGCUGGCUGCGAAGUUAAGGUGGUGGACGUGAACAGCGGAAAGCUUUUGGAGCCCUUCGAGCGCGGUGAAAUCUGCGUCCGGGGUCCCAACGUCAUGAAGGGCUAUCACUGUCGUCCCGAGGAAACGGCGGAAGUGCUCGACAGCGAAGGGUGGCUGCGGACAGGGGAUCUUGGUUACUACGACCGCGAGGGCCACAUAUACAUGGUGGAGCGGUUGAAGCAGCUCAUCAAGUGUAUGGACACCCAACUGGCACCCAGCGAGCUUGAGGAGAUCCUACUCACUCACGACGCUGUCGCCGAGGUGGCCGUUGUUGGAGUGCCGAGCGAGAAGUACGGUGAGGCACCUGCUGCUUGUGUCGUGCUCAACGCCUCUUACGCCGAGCCGCACGAUGUGAUUGAGGAGGAGCUGAAGAAGCUUGUCGCAGGACAAACGGCGGUUUACAAGUACCUGUACGGCGGGGUGAUCUUCCUGGACUCCCUCCCGAAGGCAGAUAACGGAAAAGUACUAAAAAAGAAGCUACUUGCAAUGUUUGCUGACAAGCCAAUUGUUUGAACUGUGUUCGUCGGCGCAAUACGCUUACGCUACCUGUGUCGGACCUUACGUUGCGUUUUACUUUGUAUUAUAGCUUUACUUUGUAUAAUUACUUUGUAUUAUUGUUUGCCGAACCGAUAUUAAAAUUUUAACGCCUCU